GUUUGCUAUCUGCUACGUCUUACUAGUAAUAUAAACCCCGCUGGCUGCAUUGGGGUUUACCGGAACCUCAACUCAUAUCUUACUACGCAAUUAUCACGUACUUUACUUUAAACCUGCAACAGCUCAUAGAUACCUGUAAUAUCUUCAAUACCAUCUAAUUGCUUAGUCGACACCGUUAAAAGCACACUUCGCUCCGCUGGCUUGAACUACUGUGCUAUUAGCUUACCAACAUGGCUGAACCGAAGCCUAGCCAUCUGGAAAGGACUGCGGCGGAACCGCGAGACGAGUCCCUACACAUCGUCACGUUGAUCAAGAUCGACGAGAUCAACGACCAAAUCAGGCUCUUCCGCCUUGAGCUGUCAACCCCUCUUCGGUUCUUACCGGGUCAAUGGCUCGAUGUCUUCGUGCCCGGCGUGUCCAAGGCGGGCGGAUAUACUAUCACCUCGUCCCCGUCUCUGGCGCGGCCCCAUGUCUCCCCGGGACCAGCACAAACUCAAAACCCGGGGUACGUAGAGCUCGCGGUGCAGAAAUCGGUUGAUCCGCCUGCGGCUUGGCUGUGGCAGAACCCGGAUGAGAUUACCUAUGCGGAAUUACGGGUCCGUGUCGGAGGUAGCUUCGUGUGGCCACCGGCGGGUAUCGAUACGCAAGCUCUAAGACGCGUGGUCUUCGUCGCUGGUGGCGUGGGGGUUAAUCCUUUGAUGAGCAUGCUGUCUAGUAUCGCGGAGACGGGCGCGGAUGCGCGGUUCCAGGUACAGUUUUUGUACUCGUUGAAAGAUGAUGGGUCGGGAGGUAGAUGCGCGGACCGCUUGCAGUUUGUGGAGAGGCUGGCUGGGAUAUUUGCUUCGGGGAGGGCGAAGGGGCGGCUAAGGCUGUUUCUUACGGGUGGGAGGGGAGAUGAAGGGGGAGGGGUUGUGCGUUGUACGGGAGAGGGAGAUGGGGAGGGAGGAGAGAGUGAUGUGCCGUUUCAAGCACGGAGGAUGACGGUCGAUGAUAUUGCGGAAGCGGUGGGUGAUGCUAAGGAGAGGGAGGCUGCGGUUGUGUAUGUCUGUGGUGUGCCUACUAUGAUAGACGAGUUUGUGCUGAAGUUGACUGAUACGGAGGCUGGGUUGGGCAUGGAACCUCAUCGGGUGUUGUGUGAGAAGUGGUGGUAAGUAUCUGAUCUAUAUGAAGACAUAUUGAUCAAGGAAUGUUUUGUCUAAGACUUUGGGAUAUUGGGUGCUUGUGUAUAGGGGGUUGUGAUAUUAACAGCUUCUUAGACCUGCAACAUCUGGCUAGGGAAAGACAUAUCACAUCUACGCUUAGCAUUAGUAUCCUAUAUAUACGAAUCCCAUACCUGAGAUAUUCCACCAAAUUUCCCCAACAAGUCCAAU